UUAUGAUAUUGGUAGGGCUCUCAUAUUCACUUCCAAAAGCAUCUUCUUCUUUCUAAUUUUCUUUUUCUUUUCUUUUUUUUUUUUAAUUUUCAUUGUUACUUUUGAAAAGAAAAAUCGAAUCACAUACUUUCUUCUCUCUUAUUUCUCAUUCUUCUUCUUCAUCAUAUUACUCACUUUAUAGAACAGCAAAACCCUAGAUUUGCUGUUCAAGCUCAAGACCGUACAAACUUUGGAGCUCUAGUAGAUAUAAAGAUCUCGAGUAUAAGCAUUAUGAAUAUCGUCUCUUGGAAAGAUGCAAACGACGAAGUUUCAGGCGGCACUACCAGAAGACGUGAAGGAGAAGUAGAAGAAGAUCAAGAAGAAGCCCAAGUCAGAGCCACCAGUGGCAAAACCGUAAUUAAAAAGCCACCAACCUCGAUCUCUUCUUCUUCUUCUUCUUCGUCGUGGAUGAAAUCGAAGGAUCCGAGGAUUGUUAGGGUUUCACGCGCCUUUGGAGGCAAAGACCGUCACAGCAAAGUGUGUACGUUACGUGGGUUACGUGACAGACGCGUGAGAUUAUCAGUCCCAACGGCUAUUCAGCUCUACGAUCUUCAAGAACGGCUCGGUGUUGACCAGCCUAGCAAAGCCGUUGACUGGUUGCUUGAUGCAGCUAAAGAGGAGAUCGACGAGCUCCCUCCGUUACCUAUCUCGCCGGAAAAUUUCAGCAUCUUCAACCAUCAUCACUCCUUCUUGAAUCUUGGUCAAAGGCCGGGUCAAGAUCCGACCCAACUCGGGUUUAAAAUCAAUGGAUGUGUAGAAGAGUCUACUACUACUAGCCGUGAAGCAAACAAUAAAGAGAAAGGAGAAAACGAUGUCGUUUUCACAAACAAUCAUCAUGUUGGGUCUUAUGGAACUUAUCACAACAUGGAACACCAUCAUCAUCAUCACCAACAUUUGAGUUUACAGGCGGAUUAUCAUAAUCAUCAACAUCAACUACAUAGUCUUGUCCCAUUUCCAUCACAAAUUUUGGUAUGUCCAAUGACGACAUCAACAACAGCAACUAUACAAUCUUUGUUUCCAUCAUCGCCGUCAGCUGGUUCAGGAACUAUGGAGACAUUAGAUCUGAGGCAAAUGGUGAGCCAUUUUCAAAUGCCAUUAAUGGGUAAUUCUUCAUCUUCGUCAUCCCAAAACAUUUCCACAUUAUAUUCAUUGUUACAUGGUAGUAAUAGCAACAAUGGUGGUAGAGACAUCAAUAAUCGGAUGUCGUCGGUCCAAUUCAACCGAGCUAAUAGCACUACAACGGCUAAUAUGUCGAGGCAUCUAGGCUCGGAGAGUAGUACAAGUAGAGGAAGUGAUCACCAUAUGUGAAAUUAGAUUAUUGAAACAAUAUAAUUGAUGUUUGAUGUGUUCACAAGUAUGGGGACACAAAAAAAAAAAAAGGUAAUUAGUACUGUACUAUUUUUUGGUGAUAUAUUUUUAUAUACAAAUUAAUGUUAUAAAUUGGUUUAUUAAUU